AUGGAUAAAUUUUGGAUAUUUUGGGUUUUCGGUUUUUGGAAUUAUGGGACAGAUGCUCAAAAUUUGACGGCGACGACUCCAAAAACUGUGAUAAAAGUGGGAAUUGCAGCUGCUCAAAAAACUCAAGCCACUUCAAUUGGAUUCAAUAUUUGUGGUGGUGCUCUUCCACUAGCAGAAGAAUAUUUACGAAAAAAUGGAUUCGUUGGGAAUUUCGAUUUUGAAUAUCACGUAGAAUACACAGAAUGUGAUCUUGCCAGUACCAUCCGUGCAGGACUCUACUUCAUGCAGAACAUCAGUGUAGACGUCAUAAUUGGACCACCGUGUUCCGAAGCUUUAAGAUCCAUGGCCACCCUUGGGACCCUUUACAAAAAGCCUGUGUUAGGGUGGGGAUUUGUUAGUCAAAGCGAUUUGGCUGAUAUGACGCGAUUCCCGUAUUUGGUGACAGUGUUGCCGACUUCGCAAACUCUCGGCUACGCGACCAAUCGACUUCUAGAAACCUACAAAUGGGACAAAGUCGCUCUACUGUACUACAAAUCGGAUAUCGAUUACUGUCAUGGAGUGAUGAACGAUGUGGAAGCGGCUUUAAAUGAUGCCACCUUAUAUUCGGUUCAAGUUGUGUUGAAAGCCGAACUAGACGUUGCUGAUAACGAGACAUCAAACGCGGUGAUGAAUUCGUUGAAGAGUCGAGUGAGAAUUGUCCUCUGGUGUGCACAAUUGGGCGGAGAGAAACGAGAUUAUAUGAUUCGAACGGCUCAGUUGGGUUUGGACAAUCCGGAAUAUGUUCAUGUGAUGCUCUCCAUGAGAAGUAUCGGAUUUGGUGUGCAGACGUUUGUGGGAAAAACCACUUUCAAAGAAUCCGGCUUGACACCCGUCUGGGAAGCAUUUUCAAAUGUUAGCGAUGGUUUGGAGCCUUUGGCGAAACAAGGAGCAACUAAUAUGCUAGUGGUGGACCUCAGCAGUGACGUCAAAGACAAGGCCUAUCUCCAAUACAUGCAAAAAAACAUGGUCAGCUACACCCGAUCGCCACCAAUAUCCUGUGCAACUCUUGAAUGCACAAACGCCACGGCUUCUGGAAUGGGAGCAUACGCACGUCAUCUGUUUGACGUCUUCUAUUUAUAUGGAAUCGGCUUGACGAGGUUGAAUUCGACGAGUUCUGCAGUUUAUGAUGAUAUGGGAAAGUUCAUACCGAACUUGGUGACUUCGUUUGAUGGUGAGAUGUUUGGAAAUUUGGAAAUUUUGUGGUCUAAAAAUUUUUCAGGACUCACCGGACUUGUUUCCAUAAAUGCCAAUUUAUCUCGAAUGCCACUUUAUCAAGUAUAUGGAUUGGAUGAGAAUUAUGAGCAAAUCUCACUGAUGAAUCUCACCUUCAACAAUGGAACUACGGUAGCAUACAUCUCUCUGAACUACAAAAACGAGUCUGUCGACGUUUGGCACUUCUGGAACAAUAUGAGACCGUUGGCCACGCCCCUUUGCGGAUUUCUAGGGAAAAAUUGUCCGAUUCCAUUUUGGGACCAAUACCGAGUUUUGAUUUUCGUGGGCGCCGGUCUUAUCCUUUUAAUGAUCACCAUGAAUUUGAUCUGCUUCUACUGUAUGCUCAAAAACCGACGUGACGAGCAGGCGAGAAUUAAUUCCGAAUGGCAGAUCAGUUAUGUGAAAUUGAGAGAAUUAGAGAAACAAAGAAAGGGGACCAGCAAACGGUCCAUUCAAUCGGGGCCAUCGAAUAUUACCGGCGAUUCGAGACAAUCGACGGGAAGCGAGUUUUGUGAGAACUACACUGUUAUGAUGUACGAGAAGGAUAUGGUGUUAACAAAGCUGGAACAUGAGAAUCUCAACAAAUUUAUCGGAUUAUCGAUUGACGGAUCUCAAUUCAUCUCGGUCACUAAACUAUGUUCCAGAGGAUCCCUUCAAGACAUUCUGUCUCGUGGAAACUUCUCGAUGGAUUACUUUUUCAUGUUUUGUAUCAUAAAGGAUAUUGCGGAGGAAAUUUUCCAGGGCAUGAACUAUCUCGGUCUCAACUUCCUUCACAAAUCAUUCCUCCGCCUUCAUGGGAACCUCCGCUCGGCCACCUGUCUUGUAAAUGACUCCUGGCAAGUAAAACUAGCAGAAUUUGGAACCGACAACCUUCUCGAAGAAAUCACCCCAACCAAGAAGCGUUUGAUGUGGGCUGCGCCAGAAGUGCUACGUGGCUCACUUACAGUAUCCCAAAUGGAUCCGAGUGCCGAUGUGUACUCAUUUGCAAUCGUUGCCUCGGAGAUUCUAACCAAAAAGGAGGCGUGGGAUUUGGCGGAUCGAAAAGAGACGUAUGACGAAAUUCUCUACAUCGUCAAAAAAGGCGGGUCAUCUCCUCUACGUCCUGACAUCAUCACAGAUGUGCCUGACGUCAAUCCAGCUCUAAUUGCAUUGGUCAAGGACUGUUGGGCUGAGGAUCCAGAGGAUAGACCGAAUUCUGAAAAUAUAUGUGUUCAAUUGAGAGAUUUGAUGCCAAAAACAAAAACGAAUCUAAUGGAUCAUGUAUUCAACAUGCUCGAGGAAUACACAUCUACUUUGGAAGUCGAGGUGGAGGAAAGGACCAAAGAGUUGACAUUGGAGAAGAAGAAGGCGGAUAUUUUGUUGAGCAGAAUGUUGCCAAGACAAGUAGCGGAACGCCUAAAAGCUGGUCAAACCGUCGAACCGGAGGGAUUCGAUUCAGUGACCGUAUUCUUUUCGGAUGUCGUCAAAUUCACACAACUAUCUCAAAAGUGUUCACCGUUUCAAGUGGUGAAUUUGCUCAAUGAUUUGUACAGUAAUUUUGAUACAAUCAUCGAAGAGCACGGCGUUUAUAAAGUCGAAUCGAUUGGUGAUGGAUAUCUUUGUGUUUCUGGACUACCCACUAGAAAUGGUUAUGCACAUAUUAAACAAAUCGUGGAUAUGUCCCUUCAAUUUAUGGAGUACUGUAGGAAAUUCAAAAUUCCACAUUUGCCAAGAGAGCAGGUCGAAUUAAGGAUUGGUGUUAAUAGUGGACCCUGUGUUGCUGGUGUGGUCGGUUUAUCAAUGCCCCGUUACUGUCUAUUUGGCGACACAGUGAACACUGCCUCGAGAAUGGAAUCAAACGGAAAAGCAUCCCUUAUUCAUCUUUCUGCAGCCGCCCACUCUCUUCUCACCACCCAUUAUCCCCAUCAAUACGAAACAAAUUCCCGGGGAGAAGUUAUAAUUAAAGGAAAAGGAGUUAUGGAAACAUUUUGGGUGCUUGGAGCCGCUGGAGACGUCGAUGUGGUUAGUAUGAGCAAUCGGAGUACUCCACCAGUGACCAAUGAGAGAUGGGGAGGUGGUGCGAGGGCUCCAGAGGCUAGAAGCGUGUCUCCAGAAGUCAGAAGUGUCAGCUCGCAUGGAUCGAGGCCUGGAAGUCAGCAUAUGAAUAAUAAUGAUCCGUUGUAUAGACAAUAUAAGAUGGAUAGUUUAAAAAUCUGA